CAGAGAUAGACAACGUCUAAUUUUGCCGUAAACAACAAAAUUUUUGGCACCUGAGUAGAACGAUACGCUGAAAACCGUUAAAAACGGUCACACAUCUUCCAAAUAUGAAAGAGGAAAAAAAUUAGAGAAAACCCGCGGAAAACGUGCUAGCACAAGAGCUAAAUCAAAAGCAACGGAUUAAGCAUUUGAUCUUGUCAAUUGUUUGAUUGCGGUUGCCGGCGAUUUUCACGGAAUCCAAGGAUGCAUUUACGUGGAGGAUUGGAGAGGUAAAUUGGAGGAACCGGCGGCAGGGAAGGAAAUGCGGUGGAAUGAUCGUGGCGUGCGGUGCGAAGCCGCCGGAGAUGAACGGAGACAAGGUUCGGAGAUCCAUCUUCUGUCCGAGCCACAACUAUGCUAUCUUGAAGCAUCAAAUGGAAGCAGCUGCAAAAUCUGAGGAUUACAAGGAGGCGGCGAGGAUUCGCGACAUGCUGAAGUAUUAUGAAAAGGAUAUGCCAGUUCUGCGAUUGCGGAGAUUGUUGAAGGAAGCAGUUGCUGAUGAGAGGUUUGAGGAUGCAGCUAGCUACCGAGAUGAGCUAAUAGAAAUUGCCCCACAUUCUUUCCAGAAAUGUUUCAGUGAUGCUACAACCUUGGGAAUCAGGGUUCAAGUCAGAAGUGAAUAUAAAGAGGAUAGAAGUAUCCCUUCAAAGGGGCUAUACUACUAUGCAUAUAAAGUCAGAAUUACUAAUAACUCAACUCGCCCAGUUCAACUUCUUAGAAGACAUUGGAUUUUAACUGAUGCUCAUGGCAAAAGUGAAGAUGUCUGGGGGCUUGGGGUGGUUGGUGAACAACCAACUAUACGUCCUGGGAGAAGUUUUGAAUACUCUGCUGGAUUUCCAUUAAAAACACAAAAUGGAAAAAUGGAAGGUGAUUAUGAGAUGAUAUGUAUUGACAGAGCAUUUACAAGAGAAUUUAAAGUGGCCAUUGCUCCCUGUUCUCUUUAUAUGCUUGGAGAUUAUGAUGAUAAUGAUGUUAAUACUAUUUGAAAUAGAGAGCUUGUGAUGGAUUAUUUUAGAUUUAGAAGCUCUUGAGGAAUUAAAGUAAGGUAUUUUGUAUAUAAAGGAUCAAAUUUUCUUCUCGUGAA